GUGGGGGGCGAUCUUGUCUUAAAAGAGGCAGGAGAAGGCGGUGGUGAACGGACCCCACCCACGACCCCCCCCAUCGGAACCGCUUUGAAUGUCGAUGGACCGGGAUCCCAUCGGCCGAGCCGCGCGUCCCGACCGAGCAGAUGACCGCUCCUGCGAUGUCAGGAAAUGGACCGACAUGAUUUGCAGCCGGGAGGAGGGAAGCCGAGCCGCGGGGAUGGACGGCGUCGCCGGCGCUGUCCUGGGUUGGAUCGAGGCGGUCGGAGCUGGGAACUCCAGGCCGGCCGGUGACCAGCGCCCCGAGCCGGCAAAUACCCAACCCUCGCCUGAACUCGAACGACUGCUGCUCCUCCUGCUGAGGUUGGCCAACAGUUGUCCUUUCGGCGACAUCCGAGAGAGGAGUGCACACAUUCUGCAAACUGCGCUGGAGCGAAAAGUUAAAAUCCCGCAACCGCUCGGUCAAGGUUCAAGUUCCUUCAUUCCGGUCAAGGAGAUCCUGCAGGAAGGCCUGGACGAUGCUGAGAGGCAGCUCUUUAUCGAGGCCUUUGUGUCGACCGGCCGGGUGGACAACGUAACCAUGGUGAUGGGUUUGCACCCGCAGUACCUCGACAGCUUUUGGAAAACUCAGUACUAUCUGCUGCAGAUGGAUGGCCCUCUGCCCUAUCACUACAGGCAUUAUGUGGCCAUAAUGGCUGCAGCUCGCCACCAGUGUUCGUACCUGGUCAAUCUCCACAUCAACGAGUUCCUCCAAGUUGGCGGAAAUCCCGUGUGGUUGAACGGCUUGAACUUUGUACCCCAGAAGAUGAGGAAUCUCAACGAAAUCAACAAAAUCUUGGCUCACAGACCGUGGCUCAUCACCAAAGAGCACAUUGAGAACCUGUUGAAGGCUGGUGAGAACAGCUGGACUCUGGCAGAACUCAUCCACGCUGUGGUUCUCCUCACCCAUUACCAUUCCCUGGCUUCCUUCGUGCUGGGCUGCAGUAUCAGGCCAGAGGUGGACCAGGAAGGCGGUUACACCUUCAGACCUCCCUCCCCGCCCUCCCCCCGCAGCCACGGCUCAGACAGCCCGAGAAUCGCCACGUUGGAGGAGGCCGUGAACGGCAACGGAGCCAGAGACGCCCUGUGCGAGGUGGAGGUGCUGAUGGAGAAGAUGAAGGUGCUGCAGGAAGGCCGACAGGACGAGGAGGCCAGCCAGGAGGAGAUGGCCACCAGGUUCGAGAAGGAGAAAUGGGAAAGCCUGCUCGUGACCCCCACAGCAGAUGACGGAGAAACCUUGCCUCCGACCAACUUGUCGUGCCUCGUGAAGGAUGCAGAGUUCGGAUACAAGGACUUCAGCCGUCGAGGGGAGCACACUCCACCCACGUUCCGGGCGCAGGAUUACUCUUGGGAAGACCACGGUUACUCGUUGAUUAACCGCCUAUUCCCUGAAGUUGGGCAGCUUUUGGAUGAGAAGUUUCAGGUGGUGUAUACUCUGACGUACAACACCAUGGCUAUGCACUGCGAUGUAGACACCUCCAUGCUGAGACGAGCCAUUUGGAAUUACAUCCAUUGUGUAUUCGGCAUCAGAUACGACGACUAUGACUACGGGGAAGUUAAUCAACUGCUAGAACGCAGCUUAAAGAUGUACAUCAAGACAGUGGCCUGUUAUCCCGAGAAAACCACCAAGCGAAUGUACAACGGCUUCUGGAGACACUUUAAACAUUCGGAAAAGGUCCAUGUAAACUUGCUCCUCCUCGAAGCUAGAAUGCAAGCUGCACUACUCUAUGCAUUGAGAGCCAUUACUCGGUUCAUGACGUGAUUCCUGUCAAAUUGUCUACCUUCAAUGACUAGGCAGCUCUCUGCCUCUCGUUUAAACUGCAAGUUCUAUGGGUUUGCUGUACCGAAACAAGCAGCCUUGCACAAUUCAGAAGACCAUUAGCGUUUGAAAUUCACAAUCUGUGUAAGAGUCAAAUAACCUUUCUUGAUAGUUUUUUUUAAUAUAUAUAUAAUAUGUGUGUGGGUCGGGGGAAAGGCAUCAACUUCAGUAUUCUUUUCCUGUGUUCAUUACAUGUUGAAUAGUACGAAAGGUUUUGUAGCUUUAAGAUCAAACCUCACAGGUCUACAUGUCGUGGGCAGUGGGUAUAAUGUCACUUUCUAGACAACUGAAAGCUUGAAUGUAUUAUUUAGAACUUUAAACUGUGAAGCCUGGUCCCAAGCACAGGCUGCUAUUCUGUGUACUGUAUAGCCCUCGUGGGGGCCUUAUUUAUUUUACUGUUUUUGGACGUUUCCUAGUGAUUCUCGAAGAAUUAUUGAGCCAUCCGGGGGUGCGGGCUCUUAUUUAGGUGAGUUUGACCACAAGAAUGGCAUAAGAUUCUCAGUUUGGUGAGAGGAAUGGGACGGGUUUGUCACCUUCCACUAUUUUAAAGGCUUUCCUUUCUUUCCGCCCGCCCCUUCACCAAACCUUGGCGAGUUUGAAACUCUUUCACUUGGGAAUUCUAACCACCGCUCCCUUUGGCAAAUGAUAACUCGCGCCAAGUCCGCCUCCAGCCCCCAGUGCACCAGGGUGACUUUUGUAGUAUCUUCACUCCGAGGCACGGCAGACAACAAACGACCAGACUACACAAUGCCAAAGUUAAUCGGAGCAAGCCCACUGCCAUAUGGGUGAGGCGCAAGUGACAGUUUCGCUGUUUUAUUCCGCCACCACCCCCACCACCCCAACACCAAACAGUUUUGGGGGCAGAGAGGGGGUUGAGGUGAGGUUAGACACCGCAGUAAAAAAAAAGUUGCCCGUUUGUGUUGCUGGGUGUCAAAGGACAGCCUCUCGCAUGUAUUUUCGGACCGGCGGAUGUUUGCACAAGACGCACUUGGGAUAUUUUGACGCCACCGACAAUGUGUUUCGCUCCAGAAAAACACCAAAGCUUUAGGCACGCCGAGAGGAUCCGAUCUGUGUUGUUAAGUUGUCAAUGCCUUGAUUUGCACACACCACUUUUUUCUCUCUUUCUCUCUCUCUCUCUCUCGUGUUCUCUCUCCCUCUCUCGUGUUCUUAGUUUUUGCACAUAGUGGCCAUUUUUUCGCAGCGUUUGAUUUGGUUAUCUGAUGUUACUGCACUAAGUAUUUCUGCUGUUUUUUUU